AUGGCGGCGACUCCCACAUCCACGCGAACAUGGAUUCUGGCCAACCAUCCCAAGGGCGUUCCGACCUUUUCAAGCACCGAUGAGAACCCGACUUUCAAGCUGGUCGAACGGCCUCUUCCCCCGCUACAGCCAAAUCAAGUCCUCGUCAAAGUCCUCUUCUUCUCGAACGACCCGGCCCAACGUCCGGCCAUUGACGCUGCCGUCAAGGCGGAGCGGCACUACACUGCCCCAGUCGAGAUUGGACAACCCAUGAUGGCGCGGGGACUGGCGGAAGUGAUUGCCUCGACCGCUGACAACCUCCCCAAAGGAACCAUUGUGCAGGCCGCUCCGGGAUGGACUGAAUAUGCGGUCCUGAAUGCUGCGGAUUGCAGUCCGCGACAGCCACUCCCCAAUGGCUUGAGUCUGACCCAUUACCUGGGGGCGUUCGGCGGACCGGGUUUGACAGCGUAUUAUGGGCUGGUUGUCAUAGGGGAAGCGAAGAAAGGGAUGAGAGUGGUGGUUUCGGGAGCGGCCGGGGCAACAGGCAGCAUGGUAGUCCAGAUUGCGAAGAAUAUUGUUGGCUGCUCAGAGGUUAUUGGUAUCGCCGGCUCCGAUGCGAAAUGCCGCUGGGUUGAGAGUCUGGGAGCAGACAAGUGUCUCAACUACAAGAGCCCGACCUUCGAACAGGAUCUGAACAAGGCAACGGAAGGGUUCGUGGAUAUCUAUUUCGACAAUGUCGGGGGCCACAUCCUCGACCUAAUGCUCGCAAGGCUGAAGCGGUACGGUGUGGCCGUUGCAUGCGGCUCCAUCUCAGGCUACAAUUCCACAGAACCAACUGUGCUGAAAAACUACUUCCAAGUCAUCACCAUGCGCCUCUCGAUCCGCGGCUUCAUCGUGUCAGACUACCUCUCAAAAGCACAGGAAACAGUCCAAAUGUUUGUGCAGGCCGUGAAAGACGGCAAGUUGAAGAUCUCGAAUGAAGAGAGCGAGCAGGUCGUCGACACCAAGUUUGCGGAUGUGCCGAAGACGUGGUUGAAGUUGUUUGAGGGCGGAAACACGGGCAAGUUGGUCACCAAGCUGGUCUGA